AUGCAAAACGACGCCGGAGAGACUGUCGAACUCUACGUUCCACGUAAAUGGUGAGUUUUUUAGACGCUUUGAAUAAAAAUGGAUUUCUGUUUUCAGCUCAUCAAGCAACCGAAUCAUCGGCCCAAAGGACCACGCUUCCGUCCAAAUCGAAUUCGUUGAUGUCGAUCCAGAGACUGGACGUUUGGUGAGUUUGAUUUUUCUCAUUAGAACAAACUUACGAUGUGAAACAUCUGUUGACCAUGCGAAUUUAUUAGAAAGUUUGAAAUUGAAAACAUUACAAUUCUCAUAACGAUGUUAUUGUUUUUCGAAGAAAAACUUUUUCUUUCUGAAAAGAACAGCCAAUAAAAAAUUUCCGACAAAGCAAUUGUAGUCAAUUUCAUAUUUUUGCAGAUCCCAGGAAAAGCCACCCGCUACGCUAUCUGCGGAGCCCUCCGCCGUAUGGGAGAAUCCGACGACGCUAUCUUGAGAUUGGCCCAAAGAGACGGACUCGUUCCAAGAGACGAGAACAAAGCCAUCUAA